GGAAGCCUUUACAGACCCUCGAAACAGUCUACUCGCAGACACGGUUCAACAAAAGUGCUCCAUUGCCAGUUGUAAUUAUAGAGAACAACCAGUGAAAGCAAAAGUGACCGUUACGAAAUGGCUGUAAUCCAAGGAGUACUGUUAAUUCUCGCAUCGCUAAAAAUGUUCGUAUCUCAAGAUACGAUCGAAUUCGAUUCCUUGAAUUCAAACAAUUGUUCAACCACCACCGAUAGUUUCGUGAUAUUUCAUCCAAUAAACACAAGUGCCCAUGUCGAGCCAGUUUUCGAUGACGUAAUAGCCGACGAGACGAAAGAUAAUGUCAACGUGUCGCACUUGAAGACGCUUACAUUGCCAAAGGACUGGGACGAGCAAAAACCUAAAUUAAUAUUUCCGAAAACGCCAUCGGACGAGCGUUACAAAAUGGCUGGUCUCCAUUUCGAAAGAGGAAUAUUCAUCUUCCAUUUUCUCAGAAGCGUAUUGUCCAUCGUACAACCAUACGACAUCCCUUUGGAUUUACUCCGAGACACCAUAGACAACCGUGUAACAACCUCAAAAUUCAUAUCUCAGUUCAUACAUAUAGAAGCAGUUUUCCUAGCCCUGGUGGGUGUAUGCUGUUUGUUGGCAUGUGUGAUUCCUGGCACGGAACUUUGGCUUGCCUGUCGUCCAAUCAGAGACGAUUACAAGCCCUCGCAGCAUCCUAGACUCCUGGCAUUUUUCUUGUCAGUCUUCGCCUUCGUAUUGGGCCUGUGCAUGGUGACCAUGACUGUUUGCAACGAGGCCAUCGGAGUCGGUAUCGAAAAGAUUCCACUGGCAGUGGAAACUGCUCUUCAGGAUUUCGGUGACUAUCAUACGGGAUCUACUACGCAACUACGAAAAUGCCUUACGAGGAGUCUCGAUGUGGCUACUGAAGCCAUAUUGGCAGAUCUGGACAAUGUCGAAGAACUACUUGGUAAACCUGUUCAGGUAGAGCUCUCUACCGAAACGGGACUUGAUGUUGCUUUGGAUGCACUUUUAGAUGUUGCCAAUGGGACCCAGGAACUCUCAUUGAGGGCUGAAGCCCUGCUAAAGGAGGGCGAACGAGCUCGCGAAUUAGGGGAGGAAUUGAGUCGUGAGGCGAAUGAGCUACGUCGCCAGCUGGAAGCGGCUGCGAGGAAUUGUCCAGCCCCGGAUCGUCCCCUCUGCGCCAUUCUCAACCCAUCAGGACUUCACCUGGCCCUCCAGUUAGACCGGCUCCUUAGGGAUGAUCGUCUACUUCGGCUGCGCGGAACUGGACGAGAAAAUCUCACUGAAGCUGGUCGACAAGCUCGUGGAGAAUAUCUCUACGUACCUCACCACGUCGCCAGAGCGACAUUGGACGCUCGCAAUCAAAUUCGUCAGGAGAUCAACGCUGUGCGUGCCAAAAUAAUCGAUGAAGCUAAGCAUAUGGAAUCCAGCAAUACUGAACUGGCAAAGCAGCUUAAAUCAGCCCGAAAGAUAGCAAAUUACGUGAUACCUUAUAUCAAUAUAUUUGAAGAACACAGAUGGUUCGUCGGAUUAGGUACCAUCCUCUGUGUCUUCUUUGUCUGGUCUCUCCUGGUUGGGGCAUUGUGCUGCCGCUGCGGAACACCCGAGGGAAAAGUUCGGGCGACACUAUUGUGCGGAGUGCUAACGAGCUGUGUCGUUUCCAUCGUCGUGUGGGUGGUCUUCCUCACAGGCCUCGCCGUAUCCAGCCAGACAGAGAUGCUGGUCUGUCGACCGCUUCACGAUCCAGAAUUUCGUGCAUUAGAGGCCAUCCUGGAAACUGAAGCCUUUCUUGGAAAGCCACUAAGUAUCCCUUUGAAGGAUCUAUUCAAUAAGUGUCAGCAGAAUGAAGCAGCUUAUCCGGCGUUCCAAUUGGGAAGUUCUUUGAAGUUGGAACAGCUGACGGCUCAUUGGACAUGGUCAGGAUUGUCCAAAGCUCUUCAAAGAGUUAGGGUAGACCUCAAGGGACUGCGAAUUCUCACGCCCAACUUGCAGCAGCGUUUGCAGAGUCUCCUUUACGCCUGCGGACCAAAUCUUACCGAGCAUAGAAUUAUGAUUCAAGGACCAAUUCUGAACAGGGACCUAAGUGCUCUGUCCGACCAGGUGGUAAACGUAGCACGGCAGCUGAAGGAUCAAAGAACUGCGAGAGACUUGGAGAUUAUCGCCUCUUCCAUGAGAAAUCUUCUGCUGCGGCAAGUUAAGCCGUUAAUGAAAAUGCAGGAUGAGCUUGUUUAUCAACUCGCUGGCUUGGAAUUGCAAUUGCUGCCUCUGCAGAGACAAGUCAAUCAGUCGAUCUCGCAUCUCAAAACGAUUCAGUACUACAUUGAUAAUCGAGGUGAAAUCAUUGCUCAGUUGAAUACAAAAUUAUAUAUAGAGAGGUUAAGCACUUAUCUAGACCAAUGGCGCAGUCACGUACUCGCAGAAAUGGGAUCCGGAGUAGCGAGAUGUCGACCUCUAUGGGACAUUCUUCACGGCCUGAGGUUGCUACUCUGUCAGCACGUGUUAGGCCCUAUGAAUGGGUUUUGGUUCGCCACACUUUUGUGCGCCAUCGUCAUGAUACUCAGUACCCCUACGGCUCAUUGCUUGGCUCUGGUGUACAGAAAACAGUUUCCCGACAAGGAAACUGCCCUCCUACCCUCAAGAACCGAGAGCCCCGACACCGUUGUUAUAGAUCGGGAAACUUGGCGCACCCCGGAUCCACCACCACCUCAGGAUGGCUGGUGAUGCAAGAGAAACGAGGGCCAAAGUAAUGGCAUACAAAAAAUAGUGAACCAGUUUGGACGUCUUGAGUUUCGUCUCAUCCUUCUAGCACAUUUCGCGCAACCUUUCAACGUCUUUAGUCUAAUUCACAACAUGGAGACGAAUGCAGCUGCACUAGCUUCCCCCAUAGUAUUAUUGGC